UGCCACAUAUCAGUGCCCAUCAGUGCCACCUAUCAAUGCCAAUCAGUGCCACCUAUCAGUGCUGCCAAUCAGUGCCACCUAUCAGUGCCAGUCAGUGUCGCCUAUCAGUGCGCAUCAAUGCUGCCUAUCAGUGCCAGUCAGUGCCGCCUAACAGUGACAGUCAGUGCCACCUAUCAGUGCCAGUCAGUGAUGCCUAUCAGUGCCAUAUAUCAGUGUCAUGUAUCAGUGCUGCCUUUCAGUGCCCAUCAGUGAUGCCUGUCAUUGCCCAUCAGUGC